AUGAAGGGCCAGGGAAAAAAGGCCGCUUCCGAUCUUCCGCCAGUUGUCCUUCAACAAUUCUGGGCGUCGUACAAGAGCAGAUACGAUUUGAUUCGUCACUGGCAGAAGCCGGAUCUUUCCAAUACCUGCUGGCGCUUCUUUCCCUUCCUUGUUGUGAAAAGGAGCAUGGGGGAGCACAGAGCAGGUGGGACCAAGGAGCGGUACCCGUGGGCGCGCUACCGCUGGCUGGACUCUCUCCUGGGCCUGCCCUCCCGGCGCCAGCGCCUCUUCCUCGCGCACCGCCUGGCCACGAGCCCGCUGUCCAAUGCGCUGGGUGGGGUCGUGUUCCUGGGCACGCCCUUCUACAUCAAGACCUGGCACCGCCACGGCGUGCUGCUGCUGCUGGUUACCACCGCUGUGUCUGUGGGGGUGACGUUCGUGGUCAUGUGGGGCUACGUGCUGCUGUGGCGCGUGAUUGUGCUCGCCAUUGCAGGCGAGCUUGCGAGCACUGCAUUUUACAGCGGGAACAUCUACCACGCUCCUGGCUUCGAUUGGUCGCAUGCCAUGUCAGCACUCGUCAUCCACGCCGGCAAAUUAGACGAGGCCAGCCUGGCACUUUCCACCGAGCCUAUCGCCCGAGCCUACAUCGUCCCGCAGCUAGCCUCCAUGCUCAAAACCCCCUUCUGGAAACCCCUUCCCCGCCGCCCAACCACAAACAAAUGCUCCAAUUGGACGCUUUACAUCAGCAACAGUGCCCAGAUUCUCUUGUGGAACAUAAUUUUCAUCCUGCCCGCAACAGCUGUAGCACUGCUGUCUCGCCUGCUGGCGCCAUUCGUAAUCUCGGUGGUGCGGAGGGCGAUAGUGACAGCGAGCUUUGGGCUGUCCCCCAAGGAGCUGAGCUUCGCCAGUGUGUUUGUGGACGAGUGCCUCCACAUGGACGAGUGGUCGCCAUCACACCACGUGGAGCACUGGAACGUGCAGAAACUACUGGCGCUGGCCAAGACGCGAUCGUUGCGGGGGGAGCUGAUGGCGGGGUAUGAGGAUGCCACGUGUGACAUGGGGGAGGCUGUAUUCGGGGAGGGGCCACUUGAAGAGGGGGUGCCUCAAGAGGGCGUAACUGGGAAAGGGGUAGCUGCGGAGGGGUUGAUUGGGGAGGGUAAGGUGGAGGAGAGAAAGGAGCAGGAGGUUGGAAAGAGGGAGGUGAGGGUGCGGAGGCAAGGGGAAGGUGAUGAAAGAGUGGGUGCUGAGGGUGCAGGGAGUGCAGGGAUAGCCUCAAUACUGACAAGAGUGUCAAGACCACAGCAGGGCCGCUGCAUGCAUGCAGCUGAGCCCCGUGAUUCACGAACGGGGCUCUCAGGUACCCAGUUGGGUUUGGGGGAGGCCGUGGAGUCAUGUGGUGCCGCCCAACAGCAAAUGGUGGCAGCAGCAGGAGAGGAGGGAGGGCAGGGCAGAGCACCAGGAAGCGUGAGGCGGAGCUUAAGCCGCUUCAGACGGCGCGUGACAGCAAGGCGCUUCAUGGAACAGGCUCUGCGACAGGGAGGGGAGAGAGGGGAGGGCGGUGAGGAGAUGGGUGAAGGAGGGGGUGAAAGCAAGGAAGGACGAGCGGGGGAAGUGGGCAGUGCAGCAGAGGGAGUCGGACGUGCGGCACGGAGGGGGGGACUGGGCGAGGCCUCCGUUGAGGGUGCAAGUGAAGAGAUGAAAGGAAAGCAGCAGCAGCAACAGCAACAGUGGGUAACAGAGGAGAAGGGGGUGAGGCCGAGGCAUGAGGGGCAGCUGAAGAUGACAGGAGUGCAGCACGGCAGCGGCGGCAGGCAGCAGCGAGUGAGUGCGAGAGGCAGCAGGGAAGAGCGGGUAGCGUAUGACUUCCUGUGGAACGACGGCGUGCUGGAGGCAGCAGCGAGUGAGUGCGAGAUGUACAAGCUUCUGCGCCCGCAGCUGCAGGCCAUCACCCACAACCCGAGCCUCUCCGACCAGGAAUGCGUGCGUCAGGCGCCCACUCACACGCAGCCCGCAGUUGAAGGUGCAUGUGGCAGGAAAGCAAGUGCCAACAUGGCCCGUUUGGAUUUGAGUUUUGGGAGCCCUACGUGGAGUGUAUCAUUCCCCCUCUUUGACCUGGUCCAUGUCUCCCCCUCCUCCUUCGUGCAGGUGAAGCAGCUGUGUGUGAUGAUAGAGGAGCGGUUUGGCGAGCUGACCGGCCAAUUUGACCUUAACCACGGGGCUUACUUCCGAGAUCCCCGCAUUAUCGGGGCUAUGGUGCACUUCCUAGAGCACAGAGAGCUCCCUGAUUGGUCCAGGGAGAUCGACACUGAUGUGUUGAGGGCUGAAGAAAGGAUCAGGUUUGGGAGACUUGGGCAUAGGUGUGCAGGUGGAUAG